UUACUGUAUUCAGCAUGGCGUUAUCUCAACACCCUCUGCCCGAGCCCCCCUCCUACAUGGAAUACCAGGGAAUAUUGUUCCCGGCAAUUAAUAUUAAACAGGAAAGCCUGGAGGCGGUGAAGAUGUUUGAGAUACGUGACGAUGAUGUGGUGAUAGUGACCUAUCCUAAAAGCGGUACCAACUGGAUGUACGAAGUCGUGCAUAAGAUUCUUACUGGAAAGAAGGAAAACAUCACACCAGUAGGACUUGAGUUUUGGCCUCCAGGGAAACAACCCAGUUACAUCCAGCUGCGUGAGACUCCAUCUCCUCGACUGAUGUACACUCAUCUCCAACAUCAACUGGCACCUCCAGGGUUGGCAGCUCCAGUCAACAAGUUAAGUCACAAUAUUCUGCAGGUGAAAGUCAUUGUCGUCCUGCGAAACCCCAAGGAUAUCUGUGUGUCAUUUUACCACUACUGCCAGAAACAUGCCUAUCUAAAGAACCCAGAAUCUUGGGAGCAUCACAAUAGGGACUUCUUGGAUGGAAAAAUGGUUUUCGGUGGUGACUACUUUGAUCAGGUGCUGGGAUGGUGGCAAAUGAGGAAUGACCCCCACUUCCUCUUUGUCAAGUACGAAGAUAUGAAAAAGGAUUUUCGCUCGUCAGUGAAGACUAUAGCAGCCUUCCUGGAGAAAGAACUGACCGAUGAACAUCUGAACCUUAUCCUGAACAGCUGCAGCUUGGAGUCAAUGAGGAAGGCAUUGACAGAGUCUGGUACAUCGAGAAAUACAAUUGUCAGGAAAGGUAUGGUCGGAGAUUGGAAGAACCACUUCUCGGCCGAGGAGAGCGCCAGGUUUGACCAGAAGUACCGAGAAAGGAUGGCGGGAACAGGGCUGGAGUUUGAUUUUGAGUAGCGGAAAUAGGAUAACUA